AUGAAAGUCGGAGAUCGCGUGCGGGUCAAGGGAGUGCCGGCGCACGUCCGAUUCAUCGGACCCACUCAGUUCUCCACGGGAGAGUGGAUUGGAGUGGAAAUGGUUGAGGGACAGGGAAACAAUGACGGCAGCGUCCAGGGAGUUCGGUACUUUGAAUGCAAAGGAACAUCGGGAAAGUUUGUGAGACGACCACAAGUGGAGACAGACGCAGACCUCAUGCCGCCUCCAGAGGUGCCUAGACCGUCUCAACGACCCCAGUCGGCCAUGUCAGACGUCUCAGACUCGUCUACAGCUUUGGCCAAGCAGGUGGAGAGUCUCAAGGCCAAGCUACGUGUCACAGAUAGCAAAAGAAAGCUUGAGCGAGAACAAAUUCAGCAACUUCAGACAGAUUUGCGUGAAAAAAAGAAACUCGAGACAAUUGUCGCCAAGCUGGAGAGUAAACUGCGUCCCCUGAGUGACGAGGUCAAGCAGCUACGCGCCGAUCUCACCAAGACUUCCAAUGAACAUGCCCAUGCCAAGGUGAAGCUGGAACAGCACGAAGACGCUUUGGAGAUGGCUACUCUUGACAGAGAAAUGGCAGAAGAAAAGCUGGAGAUUGCCAAACGAGAAAUGGAGGAACUGCGACAAGAGCUCAACGUGCCUUCGGAGAGAAUCGACUCAGCUGAUGAGGCUGCCAUUCAACGAAACGCCCAGCUUGAAGCGGCUCUUGUGAGUCUACGAGACUACUCUACGGCUCAGGAGGCAUCUCUCAAUGAACAGAUCAAGCAACUGAACUCCAAACUUACAGACUAUUCAUUGACUCAAUCGCAGCUGGAAAGCUCUGAGAAGCGGCUUGAGGAAACCCAGGCUACCCUACAUGAACUGAGAGCCCAGCUGGAUGAUGUCAUGGUGUCCGAGACGCUGAUCGAUUCUCUGACGGAGAAAAACCUGGCUCUUACAGAGUCAGUGGAGAAGCUGCAGGCUACAGUGGCCGAGCUGGAGGAGCUUAAGGAGCUGAAUGAUGAGUUAGAGGCAGGCCACGUAGCCACACAGAAGCAACUUCACCAGGAAAUCGCCUAUCUGGAAUCUGAGCUGAAUCACGCCGAGAAACGAACCAACGAUGCACAUAAUCGCCAACAGAACCUUGAACAGAGCGUCAUGAGAUUUCGAGAGGUUGUAGCAGACUUGCAAGCCGAGAUUGAAUUGUGGGAGACAAAACACCGUGAAAAACAGCACGACAACGAGUCCAUGGUGUCGCAUGUAAAGACAGUCAUGGAGAUGAACCAGAAACUCCAAUCCUUAGUGGCAUCUACACGCAACCAAGAGAUUGCUUUGGAAAUGGAAAAGCUGUCAUCUCAACAGGCUUUGGACAAGCUGGCUAUCUGGCAUUACUUUCUGACGGCAGCGGAGAGUCCCAUCACUACUCCAGGAAGCGAUGUGGAUGUGGUUGUUUCUGCGCAUUUGCGAUUUAAGCGUACAGCGGCCUUACUGUCUAUCAUAGUUGAGACGAUUCUGGGUGCAGAUUACGAUGAGACAUCUGUGGAGGAGCAGCAACUACGGUUGGCUCUAAAACUAGCUCACGUCUCUGCCCUGGCACACACUCUAGCUACUCUGCUAGAAUGGCGUCCAGAUGUCGAUGCGCCGUUUCUACAUGGAGAGUCUGAGCAGCUGGAGCAAUCGGUGAACUCCUACAUCGAUACUGUCAGCGAGGGGGCCCUGCUUGUGGACGAAGCUGUGAACAUGGUUCCUGUAUUCAUUCAGACCUUUGACGACUUUCUAUCUACACAAACAGACUACAACAGAACCUACUUGGACAUGUCUAAACUGGCUAUACACACACGUGUGUCUAUUCUGUUACUCAAACAGCUCGGGCACAGGAGCUGUGCCAAUUCUCUUUCCAAAUUGAAGUACUGGAUCGAUAACCAAGACAAGACUGCUCGAGUUCCAAGCCCCAUCAUUGAUAAUGCCGUCCAAACACUCUCUGAUGUCUCGGUCUUUGCCAUGCAACUUCUACAUGACGACGAUCCGGAUUCUGCCUACACAGCCAUCUUUAAACGGUCCUCAAGCAAACCCUUGUCGGCUGUGGAGAAGGAUAUCAUCAAGCUUACCGAACAGCUGUCUACUUUAGACUUCUCCGUCUCUCAGAAUAACGAUCUACCUACCUGGGCUCAGCUACAGCCUAGACAGAGUCAAGAGGAGAGCAUAGUAGAUACCUCUGCUGAUGUCCUGCAUCUCAAGGCUGUGCUGCUGAAGAAAGAGAAGACCAUUGAGACUCUGGAGAUCAAGAUUAAGCACUACGAUUCAAAAGCCGAACGGUUCGCCGAGAAGGAAGAGGCAUUUGUGCAACUCCGAGCCAACCUCAAUGAAGCUGCUCUUACGGAGAAACGACUUCGUGAUGAUGUGGAGAGUCUCAAGGCCAAGCUGGAGCAGAAGAACGCCGAUGCCCAAAGGUUCAAGACUCAUGUCCAAAACCGACUCAAAUUGUCUACGCUCAAGGGGGAAGAUAUAGUAGAUAUGCAUUUAAAUACGCUCCAUCAGUCUCAGAUGGAAACCGAGCUUCAGAGCCUGCGCCAGACGGUCCGACACCUGACUCUGGAGAACUCAAAGGGUCGAGACGACCUCGAUUGGAUGGAAGACCUGAAACCCCCAAUUGUCAAAGCCCAUCCUUAUCUGCCUCUGAAAACGCAGGCCGCUUUUCAUCAGCUACAGAAGCUGGCACAAGCAGCCACGCCGUUGAAGCUCGACGACAAUCCCACUGGCUGGAGACCUCGAAAUCAGCUAUCCAAACAUGUCGCAGCACAGCAAAGACUGCAGUUUGAGAGAUAUCAGGCCAUGCUUUUGGAAUAG